AUGGCCACUCUACGCAAGGCCAAGAUACUCGUCGACCAGCUUCUGGAGACACUACAGGAACGGAAGCGUAUCAUAGAGGUCAUCCGGCUUACCCCCAGUGAAAAUGAUAACUUCGAACUCCGCCAGCUCGUCGACCGCAUCACUCGUGAAUUAGGUAGCUUGCGGGAACAGGCGACUAAUAACGACGUGAACGAGUAUAACGAAUUGAUUGACAAGUACGAGAAGCUACUUCUGGGUAUCGAUGAUGAGUCAGGACUUGAAAUCAGUGCCUACAAGGUGGAAAAACUUACGGAGAAAGCAGACACACCGAAAGAGGUGAGGUUCGAGGAACACAAGCAAAUGGAAAUGCAGCCGUACGAUCCGUUUGCCGAACAGACCUUUAAGCCCUACCGAGAUGAUGAAGAGGAAGUGACUAAUAACGAUCCCCAAGAUAUGCCAAACCACCAGAUGUUCGCUCAACACCAACAAACGAUGCUUGAACAGGACGAGGAGCUCGACCACUUACACCAGUCUGUACAACGACAGCACUCGAUGGGGCGAGCCAUCCACGACGAACUUAACGACCACAUUGUGUUGUUGGACGAUCUCGAACGCCAAGUUGAUGACAGCACGUUCAACUUGGACCGGGCCCAGCGGCGUCUUAAUCACUUCCGCAAACAGGCGCAAGAAAACGGUAGUCUCGUGACGAUCAUUGUGCUUACAGUGAUUUUGAUUACGCUUUUAGUCGUUUUGAAUUAA